GCCGUUCAGUCCUUGCACUAAAAUUCUGCAGAAUAUAAAGAGCCCGAGGGCCUCCUGCUGACCACACCGCCACGUCUCUCCGGAGUGUCGCAACUUGAACAACAAUGAAGGCUCUGACUGUCCUGGCAGCGGUGGCGGCGGUGCUCGCGGGUCUGGCGUCCGCGAAGGCUGCCCCCAAGGCUGACCCCAAGGCUGACCCCAAGGCUGACCCCAAAGCUGACCCCAAGGCUGACCCCGGCAUCGGCCUCGGCUUCGGCGGGGGUCUUGGCUACUCCCAGGGGUUCGGGUUCGGCCUUAGAGGUGGCUUUGGGUAUGGCCUGGGAGGUGGCUUGGGCUACGGCCUGGGCGGGUUUGGAGGUGGCCUGGGUGGCCUGGGUGGCCUGGGCUACGGAUACGGUCGCAGGAAGCGUGAGGCGGAGCCGAAGGCUGGUAUUGGUGGCUUUGUCUCGGCCCACAAGAACCACCAUCAGCAGAGCUUCAACGCCUUCAUUCCUCCCUUCAUUGGCGGCUUCGGCGGCCUGGGCUACGGCGGCUAUGGCGGCUACGGUGGUUAUGGCGGUUAUGGUGGCUACGGCGGCAAGUUCAUCGGUCGCCGCUAGUGUGAGGCGGAGCCGACAGCUGAGGCUGACCCCGGCACUGCCAACGACCAAGGGAACAGCCCCCAGCAGACCUUCACCGCAAUCUCCCCUCCCUUCAGUGGCGGCGGCCUGGGCCUGGUGGUGCUGGUCAGUGCCGCCCACCAGACGCUCGGGAACACCCUAAAAGAAUCCCCCUUCAUGCAUCUCACCAAGACAGGAUCACCAUGACUCGCACCAUCUUCGCUACCCUUAGGAACACCUCUUCUGGACGACAUGUUGCCUCUUACUCGACCUGGAUAUGCCUCUAAAAAUCGUUUCCUGGAACAAUGACUGUUUACCUACAAUGCUUUGUACACCAUAUGUAGACAUCUGCUAGAAUGAAGCUUUUAUACCACACUUUGAGAUUAUAUAUUAAUUCCCUGGAA